AUGUCGUGUGAGGAAUUGGCUGAAGCGGAACCUCAACAGACAACCUCAACUAAUAAGGAGUCGCGAGAAAAUACUCCUAUAUCUUCUACUGCCCCCAAAAAAUCCGCGUCUCAUCCUAACCUUCAAGCUCAACAAUUACAAAACGAACAGAACUCGAGUGCUGAAUCUAGUCAAGAAAUAAAAAUGAAUUUAAGUCGAAGGCAACAAAAAGAUAAAAAUGAUAAAGACAUUUUAAAGUCUAACAAUGCUUGUCAAAGCGUGUCAGACAAAGACAUUAUCAAUAAUAACAAUUCGACUAGUAACAGCAACACAUUAAUUAAUUCUGAUGGUAUAGAUGAAAAUUCAAAUGGUUCAUUUAAUCAUAAUAUAAGUGUUGAUGAUAUUGAUCAUGAUUCAUUACAAGAAAAUGGUAUUUCAAUUCCUCGGAGACAAAGCAUGAAUGAUAAUUCUCAAAGAUCCAGCGAUAACAUAAAUUCAACCGAUACCAACAAUAACGCGAGCACAAGUGCCACAACAACGCCCACAAACACAACUUAUUCCAAUAUUAACAUGUCAUCACCAAUGUACGAAGAAAUGCCCCAAUUACCAUAUCCGAAUAUGAAUCCAAAUGCUCCUUUUAUGCCCGCUCAGUCCCAAUACUUUACUCCUCCAUUUUUUCCAAACAAUGGACAAUACUUUUAUGACAACAGAUUUGGGAGGCCGCCUCCUCAAAUGCCUCCUUCAGUACAACAAACAUUUGUUAGAUCAAAUGUUUACCCUUAUCCCCAAAUACCUGUUAUUCCUUCAAUGCCUCCUCAACCUUAUCAUAAUCCUUCCCCUCUAAUUCCUCAUCAGUCUCUUCCCUCAAGAUACCUUAAUCCUUCUAGUGCAACCGGGGGUGAUUCUGGUUUUUCUUCUCGUAGAAGUUCUUUGGAUCAAAUUAGAACUCCGGAUUUUAGUCCCCAACAUCCUCCCAGGAUAAAUCAGCAAAAAAAACCUAAACAAUUGGAUAAAGCCCUUUGGGUUGGAAAUUUACCUGAUUCGACCACUCAAGAUGAAUUAAAAGAAUUUUUCGCAGAUGAGAACAUGGAGAGCGUAUUCCAUAUUAAGAAGUCUAAUUGUGCCUUUGUGAAUUAUAAAACAUAUGAAGCUGUUAUGGAAGCUGUAGAUAAAUACAAUGAAGCUGAGUUUAAGGACAUUAAAUUGGUUUGUCGUCCAAGGAAGCAAACUUCCGCUGAUUUAAAAUUGAAAACCGAAUCCUUGUCUGCACUUGUUUCGGAAAGCACUCCUCCUCCUACGCCUUCAGAGGCUGGCUCAACGGCGUCAUCUUCCACUAGAUCUCGCCGUUCAUCCGUACCACCACGUCAACGAAUUCGACAACCGUCUAUUGCUUCCGUGUCUCCGGCUUCUUCUGUUUCUUCCUCAAAACCCUCUUCACAAAAUAGGUAUUUCAUUCUCAAAUCAUUGACUCAAGAUGAUCUUGACAUUUCUGUUAAAAGUGGCCUUUGGGCAACGCAGCCUCAUAAUGAAGCAGCUUUGAAUAAGGCGUUUAAGAGUGCCGAGAACGUAUACCUAAUAUUUAGUGCCAAUAAGAGCGGUGAAUUUUAUGGUUAUGCAAAAAUGAAGAGUCAGAUUAGUAAAGAGAUGACGACCGAGACAGUACAAUGGACUCCGAUUGACGAAGCUGCUUUAGCUGCUUCUUCUUCACGUCCUUCACCUAAUCAAGAUGAAAAGUCACGAAAAAAAUCUCAAGAAGAGAAUGAAGAUUUGGAAGAUGACGCUAUUCCAUCUAGGAAUUGGGGGACAACCUUUAGAGUAGAAUGGAUUAAAGUUCAAAAGCUUCCUUUUAUUCGUACGCGUCAUCUUCGUAAUCCAUGGAACGCGAAUCGCGAAGUUAAAAUCAGUCGCGAUGGUACCGAAGUUGAACCAGUUGUUGGAGACCGAUUACUUACCGAGUUCCAUAAACCAACUCCAACUAUCCCCGUAUCAUAUUCAACUAUAUCUGGCCCUUUAUUAACUCAGCCAUUGAAUAUUGAUGGUCAAGGUGUGAUUGUCGAAGGACAGGAUAGAAUGUUGACUUCUCAAACUCAACUACCGCCAAUGAUGGAUCCUAAUUUUAUGCAAAACGCUCAACCUGCCUUUUUCACUCAUCCUCAAGGGUAUUGGCACCCACAACCUCUUAUAAUACCUCCAUAUGGAGCACCUGCUCAUCCGGGUUAUGUUCCAAGUCAACAAACUUGGACGACUACUACAGCUAAAGAUUCAUCUGUUGGUAUUACUCGUGCACAACCGACUCAACCUUCAACAGGUGUAACUGGUUCUACCGCGAUGACACCGAUAAUGCCUUUGGACCAACAAUACGUGGAGGUAAUAUGGGUAAAUAUGGCCACAAGAGUAGAAACUGGAAUUCCACAGCAUCAUCCUUCACAUUACCAGUCCUCUGCUCAUCACCUUUAUCAAUCUCCCGCUGCUGGUACAGGAGUUCAUUACCAGCAAGCACCACCACAGCAAUACUAUAGAUCUUCAGAUGAUAAUAAUCAUAUAGAUGGUCAUAUGUCAUAUCAAGUAUCAUCGCAGCAGCAACAGGAUCAAAAUAUGGGCAGUGAUCAAGAAAAUGAAUCCCAUAUGAUGUCUUCUUUUCUCAUGGAAGAGCAAAGACAAAGUUUUGAAGCUAGUGGUAGUGCAUAG